UUCCUGCCCCAAAAGCUGAGCUGAUGAACCGACUCGGGGAGAGGGAGAGAGGGUCUUCUUCUUCCUCCCCUCCGACUCCGACUCCGACUCCUCCCCCAAAUUCGGCCGGACUCAAUCCAAUCCAUCGAUCCCGCCGCCCCGUCCCAGUCCCCUCCUCUCCCCCGACCAACCAAUCCGUGUCCAACGCGUGCCCCAGACCUGCCGCCGACGCCUCGGCGCCCCCGCCUCUCGCCGCGCUCCCCGACCCCUUGAGUUCCUCGUCGCGCCCCCGGCUGGGUUUUGAGGUGAAUUAAUCGACAACCAAGGCGGCUUCUUUCGUACUGAUCCACAAUGGAGGAGGAGGACGACGACCAGCGCCUGCUGCACAGCCUCGGCGUCACCUCCGCCAACAUCGACGACAUCGAGAGGAAGAUCCUUUCGCAGGCGAAAACCGACCCUAAGAAGGGCGACGCCGAGGCGUCGGGGCCGCCCGCUGGCGGUGACCAGGAGACUAAACUCACAACGCCUCAAGAUGAUGCUCAGGCCAAACUGCACCAGAAACUGCGGUCCGUGCAGCUUGAGAUCGAUGCUGUGGCUUCUACACUUGGAGGGGCUAAACAAGCUGCUGGAAAGAAAAGCGGCGGGGGCGGCUCGGGUAGAGCUGACGCCGAGGAUAAGAAGAAGAAGAAGGAGAAGGUGAAGGAGGAGGAGAAUGCUGAUGAAGACGCCCCUCGUGGAGGAGCGCUCCAGCAGGCGCUUGCCGCCGAGCGGCUCAGGAGCCUCAAGAGGGCUAAGGUGCAGAUUCAGAGAGAGAUAUUGCAGUCGGGACCUGGCCCGUCCGGGUCGGGCAACCAAAAAGAUAAGAUGCUGUCAAUGCUGGUUGAAGAUGAGCCCAGGCGGAAGAAGUCGCUGAAGCCGCCUGGUGGGCCUAAGAAGAAGUCGCCGACACGUCGGUUGAAAACCGUCACCUAUGAUGAUGACGACGACUUCGACGCAGUGCUCGAUGGAGCUUCUGCGGGGUUCAUGGAGACUGAAAGGGAAGAGCUGAUCAGGAAGGGUCUGCUGACACCGUUUCACAAGUUGAAGGGCUUUGAGAAGCGCGUUGAAUGCCCUGGAACUUCUAGCAGGCAAAAUGACUCUGCAGAACAAGCCCAGGAAACCAUGGAAGCUUCCAGCAUUGCUAAAGUUGCUCAGGCAAUGCAGAACAUGGCACAAAGCCGCCCAACUACCAAAUUGCUUGAUGCGGAGUUCUUGCCUAAGCUGGAUGCACCGACUGCUCCGUUUCAAAGGCUUGGAGUACCUCUAAAACGCCCUGGCCUUCCCAGCUCAGACGAGCGGAAAAACAAAAGGCUAAAGAGUAAGACCAAGAGACCGUUGCCUGGCAAGAAAUGGAUGAAAGCCAACUCAAAGAAGGAGUCAUUAUUGGAUGGUAUGCCAAGGCCUCUUCAGCCUUCAGAGCUUUUUUUUGCUUUAGUGUUAUUCUAUGCACAUGGAAAAUGCAGUCAGGUUUCCUUAUUUGCUACCACUUUGUACCAAGAUACCUCAGUGAACUCAUCAUGUCUGGUUUCUGCAGUUGCAGAUGAGGAUGUUGGAGAUGCAGCCGCAUCAGCUUCUGUGUCUGAGAAUGAAGAUGAAGUAAUAGAAGAUUCUGAUGGGUUACCUCCAGUCAUCCUUGAAGGUGGUUUAAGAAUUCCUGGCUCAGUUUACACACAGCUGUUUGACUACCAAAAAGUGGGAGUGCAGUGGUUAUGGGAGUUACAUUGUCAAAGGGCUGGUGGAAUAAUUGGCGAUGAAAUGGGCUUAGGAAAGACCGUGCAGGUCUUAUCAUUUCUUGGUGCUUUGCAUGACAGUGGUAUGUACAAGCCUAGUAUUGUUAUCUGUCCUGUGACCCUUUUGCAACAGUGGCGAAGGGAGGCCAGUAAGUGGUAUCCAAAAUUCAAAGUUGAGAUCUUACAUGAUUCUGCAAACAGUUCAAGUAAGAAGGGCAAGAGAUACAGCGAUUCUGAGAGUGAUGUUUCUUGGGAUAGCGAUCAGGAAGAGGUUACACGGGCGAAGCCUGCACAAAAGUGGGAUGACUUGAUUUCACGUGUUGUAAAUUCAGGGUCAGGUUUGCUUCUGACGACAUACGAGCAGCUAAGAAUCAUACGGGAGAAGUUGCUUGAUGUAGAAUGGGGAUAUGCUGUAUUGGAUGAGGGUCACCGCAUAAGGAAUCCUAAUGCCGAAGUAACUCUUGUGUGCAAGCAAUUGCAGACUGUGCACAGGAUAAUUAUGACAGGGGCGCCUAUUCAGAAUAAACUUUCGGAACUGUGGUCUCUCUUUGAUUUUGUGUUCCCUGGGAAAUUAGGAGUCCUGCCAGUGUUUGAGACUGAGUUCUCUGUUCCAAUUACUGUCGGUGGGUAUGCUAAUGCAACACCGUUGCAAGUGUCCACAGCGUACAGAUGUGCUGUUGUCCUGCGUGACUUGAUCAUGCCAUAUCUUCUUAGGAGAAUGAAAGCUGAUGUCAAUGCACAGCUUCCCAAGAAAACAGAGCAGGUUCUUUUCUGUAGUUUAACUCAAGAGCAACGUGCUACUUAUCGUGCAUUUCUUGCUAGUUCAGAGGUGGAACAAAUAUUUGACGGUAACAGAAACUCCCUUUACGGGAUAGAUGUUCUAAGGAAGAUAUGUAAUCAUCCUGAUCUUCUUGAGAGAGAACAAGCUGCUCAGAAUCCUGACUAUGGGAAUACUGAAAGAAGUGGAAAGAUGAAAGUGGUUGAGCAAGUCCUUAAAGUCUGGAAAGAUCAAGGCCAUCGUGUUCUUCUUUUUGCUCAGACCCAACAGAUGCUUGACAUUUUGGAGAACUUCUUGACCGCCUGUGACUACCAAUAUCGACGAAUGGAUGGACUUACACCUCCAAAGCAAAGAAUGGCACUCAUUGAUGAGUUCAAUAAUACAGAUGAAAUUUUCAUUUUCAUUCUGACAACAAAAGUUGGUGGAUUGGGUACGAAUUUGACCGGUGCAAACAGGGUUAUAAUAUUUGAUCCUGACUGGAACCCUUCGACAGACAUGCAGGCCAGGGAACGAGCAUGGCGAAUUGGGCAAAAAAGAGACGUGACAGUUUACAGGUUGAUCACACGUGGGACGAUAGAGGAGAAAGUUUACCAUCGACAGAUAUACAAGCAUUUUCUCACAAACAAAGUACUGAAAAACCCUCAGCAAAGGAGGUUCUUUAAAGCCAGGGACAUGAAAGAUUUAUUCACAUUGCAAGAUGAUGACAAGAAUGGUUCAACUGAAACAUCAAACAUUUUUGGCCAAUUGUCUGAAGAUGUGAACAUCGGUGCUCCAGAUGGUGAGGAGCGAGGCGAGGGAUCUUCAGCUUUACCGACCAGUGCAGAGGCUGAACCAUCUGUUGAUGGAAAUGGGAAAUCAGACCUUAGAUCUGACCAAGCGGAUGAAGAAUCCAACAUUUUGAAGAGUCUUUUUGAUGGCCAGGGCGUUCAUAGUGCCAUAAAUCAUGAUGCCAUAAUGAGUGCUAACGACGAUCAGAAGCUGCGCCUAGAAGCAGAAGCUUCACAGGUGGCACACAGGGCAGCUGAGGCUUUACGCCAAUCACGGAUGCUCAGAAGCCGUGAUGACUUUGCUGUUCCCACAUGGACAGGAAGAGCUGGUGCUGCCGGGGCGCCGUCUUCUGUCCGCAGGAAAUUUGGGUCAACACUCAACACCCAGCUGGUUAGUUCUUUGCAGCCAUCAGAAGGUUCAAGCAGCAGCAGCAGCAGGGUUCAAAGUCUUCAGGUGGGCGCUCUACAUGGCAAAGCGCUGUCCUCUGCCGAGCUUCUGGCUAAGAUGCGUGGAACGCGAGAGGGGGCAGCUUCAGAUGCACUGGAACAUCAGCUCAGCCUGGGCUCCGCUUCCAAUCAAAGACCAGGCUCGACAGAGAACGGGCGCACAUCAAACUCUAAUUCUAGCAGGAACAUGAUCGUGCAGCCUGAGGUCCUGAUCCGCCAGCUGUGCACCUUCAUACAACAAAACGGUGGCUCCGCCAGCUCGACGAGCUUGACGGAACAUUUCAAGAACCGCAUACAACCAAAGGAUAUGCUGGUGUUCAAGAACCUGCUCAAGGAGAUAGCAACCUUGCAAAGGGGCGCAGGCGGCGCAACGUGGGUGCUGAAACCCGAGUAUGGGUAAUUUGCGGCUGUAGUUCAUGGGCUCAAAAUUUUGAUUAGGAGUAGAUUCUCGCAUAAAAAAUUCAUUUAAAUAGGAUGUUGAUACAGAGAUGGAAAUUUUAUCUCUUAAAUCUUUGGAUAUGGCUGAGAGAUACUUUUUUGCAUGGAAGAGAUGGCACAGGAAUGUUAGUUAGGUGGCGGUUCUUUUUCUUCCCAGUUAAUUAGUGGUUUGCAGAAGCCCUUAGCCUUUUAUCCUUUUUCUGGUGUACAUGUUUCCUGGGAAUCAACUGCAAUCUGAAUUCACAAGUAUUUACAAAUACUGCUUUCUGUCUC